AUGGGUGGCAGGUCGGCUUCGGUAUAUCGCCAGACUCUGUGUUAGGUGAGGGGAGGAGGCAGAAAUGUUUGUGCCUGCUGUUGUUUCCUGCUACUGGCUCCCUAUGAUGGGCUUGUACCUGCUGCUGAUGAUGAUGAUAGCUACACCUUCUCUCGCCUCCUCAAACUCAGCUAGAACUGGAGAGACAACAAUCAGAGGAGACAACGACUUUGCCAUUUUUGGUCUACCACCGGCACCUGCCUGGCAACUUACGGGUGGUGACACAGAGACCCUAGUGCAGGUGUUAGUGCCACUAGAUAAACAACCAACACCAGUACCACCACACCCACAGAUAGCAACACCAGUACCACCACACCCACAGACAGCAACAUCAGUACCAUCACACCCACAGACAGCAACACCAGUACCAUCACACCCACAGAUAGCAACACCAGUACCACCACACCCACAGACAGGAACACCAGUACCAUCACACCCACAGAUAGCAACAUCAGUACCAUCACACCCACAGACAGCAACACCAGUACCAUCACACCCACAGACAGCAACACCAGUACCAUCACACCCACAGGCGGCAACACCAGUACCACCACACCCACAGUUAUCAAUAAUACCACCAUACACACAUUCAGCAUCGCCUGAAGGAAUCAGAGAAAUGGAUACAGCUGUACAAGAAGUGAUAUUUGGGCUUGAUGAGGUUUCUCAGGUCAGAGCAAACACCCCACCGUCAGUAGCAAGGCAGAAGAGAGACAGUUGGUGGUGGCCGAAUGAAGGAAAGAUGGAUGAGGUUGAGAAAGAGGAGGAUGAGACUCUAACCCGAUUGCUGACGACGGUGGUAAGGCAGGAACUGGAGAACUGUGCUCUGGUGGUAGCCUACGACCUAGCCUACCACCAUUCUCGUCUCCUAGACCAUCUCCUUCACAGUUUACCCAACUCCAGGCAGGUGGUGCAAGUAAAGGGCAUGGAGGACCUGCUGGGUAUGGUGUGGGUAUCUCCACUGUGUCGUGGCUACCUCCUCCUCCUCCACGACCCUGUCCCACUCCUGAACUUCGUCAAUACUGCCGACGACUUCUGGGACUACAAUGGCAGGUUUGUGGUGGUAGGGACGUCGAGGGAACAGCUGCAGAAGUUGGCACAGUCAAACAAGGGGAUAAAGACGGAACACUUGGUCGGACUGAUCAAGUCGUCGCGUGCUGGGGACUGGACUAUGUAUACCAACAGCCUCUACGGGAGCACUAGCGUUCUGCGUCGAGUCGCCAGCUGGAGGAGGACGGGCACCUUGUCCACCUCCCUCAACCUUUUCCCCUCAGACAAGCUCACUAAUCUCCAGGGCGCCAAACUCAAGGUGUCGACGUUCGAGUGGGAGCCCAGCGUGCUGUACUACCGUGGACCGGAUGAGGAGGUGCAGUUCCUCUAUGGGAUAGACAUAGAGGUGGUCAACGCCCUCUCCAGGGUCCUAAACUUUACUGUGGUCUUCGAGGAACCACCCCCAGGUGAAUUCUGGGGGGUCAUGAACGAAAACGAAACAUGGUCUGGUAUGAUGGGGAGACUAUCCAGAAAUGAAGCGGACAUCGGUGUGGCCAACUUAUUCUUAACACUAGGUCGACUAGGGGCAGUGGACUACAGUGCACCCUAUGAUGCAGAGGUAAGUUGCUUCAUGGUGCGGAGUGACCCCCCCGCCCCUCGCUGGCUCUCCCUUGCUCUGCCCUUCGAGUGGGUGACCUGGAUGACGCUGUUGGUGGGACUCGUGGUCACAGGCCUCCUCCUCUUUUGCUUGGCCUCCCUUAGCGCCAGAUGCGGUGGGGAGGUGAGGAGCUUACAGUCGCUGCUGGGCUGCUAUUUCUAUGCUUUCGGUCUGCACUUCCGUGAGCCCCAGUUGGUGGCGCCUUGGCGAUACAACACUCGCAUCUUCGUCAGCUUCCUGUGGCUCUACACCAUCAUCAUCACCACUGCCUAUUGCUCCAACCUUACUGCCUUCCUCACCGUCACACGCCGUCCUCAGGGCAUGGACUCUAUCAGGGAUCUCUACGACUCAGGUGCAGAGGUCUCCGGGCUCGGGGGUUUCUUUAAGGGCGCCCUGGCCUCUGCCGUUGACCCUUACCUGCAGAGUUUGGCGGAGAGGUUUGUGGCGUACCAGGAGCUAGAUGUGGUAUGGCCGAAGCUGAGGGGGGGACGUGCAGCCUACCUCCACAACCGCCAGUUUCUGGAGUUUGUCAUCACCACACAGUUCACCAGUCAGGGAGGCACUAGUAUGAGGAUCAUGAAGGAAUGCUUCGCACCAUACAACAUUGCUAUGGCCCUGCAGCGCCACUCUCCCCUCAAGACCAAAUUCGACCGAGUCAUCAGCUGGAUGAUAGAGAGUGGCCUUGUCCGUCACUGGUUUCUCGAAUCUCUACGGCUCUCUAGAAAGACCCGAGAAAAGAAAACCAGUACAAAGGCAGACUCAUUUAGGAAUGGAAAAGAAAGAACCAAUGACGGGUUGAGUGAGUCUGGGAGUGACGUGAUCCCUCUGAGCAUCGAUCACAUGCAAGGAGUGUUCUUCAUUUUGAUAAUCGGCCAACUGCUCUCUUUAGUUGUUUUCUUUAUAGAACGUUGCUGUAAGAAAUCCUACUAUAAAGACUCACCCUGAACGUCCACCUUGAAGGUUCCCCAGCAAUAAUUCAUAAGGAUGAGUCAAUGAUUCAUUUUACAGAUUAUGAUAGAAAUGCUAAAACUAAAAUUAUUUACGAAUAUGAGUAUGUGUGGAUAUAAGAUCACUAGUCAUGCUGUAAUAGAGGCGGUGCACAACAACAGAAAAGUGAGAGCCACAAGCCAGUGGUGCCUCUGUGAGUUACGGAAAAUGUCUCUGUAAGUCGUGGAAAUAGGAUUCGUUAUUGUUACUACAACCACAGGGCUGUGUACUGAAACAACAGUAAAGUUGAAGUAGUGUUUGUAUGUUGCACCUGUAGUGGCUGAGGUAAUUAUCUGCUGGAGUUGAUUAUAUUUUGUGUUCCAAGUGCCAUAAUUAGAUGAAGAAUUCACCCAACUAACUGUAAUUCUAUUCUCCCAAGAUGUUAAUAUUGUAUUGAUUCAACUUAUUAAAAGUUCUCCAAUAAAUGUAAUACACUGAAGAGAGAAGGACUGAGGAGGGCACGAAGGCCACUCCUUCAAUCUCCGCUGUAUAAGAGACAGUCAUCCUCUAUUGUAGAUCUACCAAGCAACAAACAUUUCAUUCUCACCGAAUUAUCUCUCUCUCUCUUGGUAUACCCUGUUACCAUUUACAAAGCUACUGGAUGUCCCCUUCGAUCAUGUAAAAUAAACUUGUGAAUCGCACCAGUAUUGCUCCUUUUCUUUGAUAGGUGUGCAGUGGUUGUGGUGACCAAUCCUGUGGUUAGCGAUGUUGUUUGCGUAACGGUGUUGUUGACUCUACACCGUCCAUGGAGUCAGGGAAAUCAUGCUCCCUUCAAUUGUAUAUUUACUUGUUCUUUAUUUUAUAUAU